AUGACUACCAUCAAGAUUUAUGAUCAUAACAUUAGAACAGUUCCAAGCACCUUAAUGGAAGGUGAAGAGGAAUGGUCAGUCAGAAAAAUCGGAUGCAUCAACAGUAUUCGAUACUUGUCUGAUAUAAACACGAUUGUUUGUCUUCAAGAAGUCAUGCAUCAGCAAUUAACUGAUAUAAUGAUGGGUCUUGGAGAUAAUUGGGCAUAUGCAGGUGUUGCAAGAGAUGACGGAGCCACUGAAGGUGAAUAUUCACCAGUACUUUUCAGAAAGGAUGGUUUUAGGUUGGUUGCAACAUAUGUCAAAUGGCUCAGUACUACUCCAGACAAAAUCAGUACUGGUUGGGGAGCACAUCUUAACCGUAUUGUUACCGUUGCUAAACUCCAGCAUUUAGCUUCUGGAAAGAUACUUCAUGUUCUUUGCACACAUUUUGACCAUCAAGCGGCUCUUGCACGCACAAAUUCUGCACAUCUUGUUUGUGAGAUAGCAGAACAAAUAUCAGGUCCACUUUUUCUGUCGGGUGACUUUAAUGCAGCGCCUUCUGAAGAGUGCUACAGUGUUAUGGAGAAAACUUUGAGUGAUUCAUCAAAGAUUGCUCCAAUCAAGUAUGGACAUAAAUAUACAUACUGCGGCUUUUCUUCAAAUGACGGCUGUAGUAUCAUCGACUACAUAUGGACAAACAAUCAGUCCCGUGCUCUCAAAUUUGGUGUUCUACCAGCAGGCUUUGAUGGUGAAAACUUUAGUGAUCAUCGUGUUCUUCUAGCAGAUUUUGAGAUAUGA